AUGUCAGAUCCAUUGCCUCAGCAACAAACUUUCGUACGUCCAGCGCCUUUGGGCGAGGCCUGGCACCUCAGCUACAACAUACCCAAUCCCAAUGCCAAUGGUUCAGGCCUAUCUAUUACUGGGAGAGGACAGGUCGAAGUUUAUGUCUAUCCAGGAGCUACCAACUUCCAACUCGUGAAUACGGGAGAAAUUGUGUUACGACCUCUUUCACCUCGUCAACCUGACGUUCCAGUCCGCGAAUGGCCAACAGUUCCACCACAAGGUUCAGUCCAGCACGUUGCUGUCACCAAUAGAUGGAGCAGAUUCUCUGUAUCUAAUUCUGAUUCGGCUAUGCCAACGCGGCCUGCGCGUCCUGCGCGUCGUGCUGCAUUCACUGUAUCCUUUGAACCAGAAGAUGAUACCGAGAAUAGCAAUCAAAAUGUGCCAGCGAGCGAAGUGUCAGUGGAAGGCCCAACAACGGGUGGCAGUCUAUCAUAUCGACAGUUCCUUGCCCGUAUUGCAGCAGCCGAACAGAAUGCAGCAUCUUCUGCCACGACCCGUCGUCAUGGCCGACCAGAAAUCCCUCGUCAGCAUGAAACCCGUCUUCCAUUCGUCGUCGACACAGGACGUCUCCGGCUAGGCCGCCCAUUAGGUCUUGCACAGGAAAGAGGUGAAGGAUUUAUUCGACUUCAUGAUAGUGGCAUAAAUAUCAGAGAUGGUGGCACGAGCAAUAGUGGUAGAAUGAACAGAUCGUCGAGCACACCCCAAGCUACAGUCUCACAGCGUACAGAAGAUAACAAUCUCAAUGAUACAGAUGGACCAGACAAAGUUGCUGAUUUGUCGCUCGAUCAUGAUUCAAGAGAUAUGGCUACUGCUAAUCCGGGGUAUGAUCGACAACCAUUGAUUCGUCAACGGACACACAGCACCCUCGAAAAUACACACGUUGAAAUCGAAGCACGAGAAGAAUACCCCCAGAGCCUCCAAUAA